AUGGAAUUAACUAAUUCAGAGGAUCCAGAAGCAUACAAAGUUGUGCAACAAACGUACAACAUAGAUGUCCAUGACGAGUUUGUGAUACGUGGUACUACGGCCGUCCUAAGGUGUCAUGUUCCAGCCAUUGUUCAAGAUUACGUCACCGUUACAUCGUGGGUUCGGGAGGAUUCCUUCGUUAUUCGGCCAACAGCUUUGGCUGGAGAAAGAUUUAGCAUAUUCCCAACGGGAGAGCUUCACAUACGAAGGACAGAUCAUGACGAUGGUUUGCACAAGUACAGAUGCGAAACCAGGAAUCGUCUGACAGGAGAAACUGUACUCAGUUCCACAGUUGGCAGAUUAGUUAUCACUGAUACGUUUAGAGAUGUCCCCCCUCGCAUAACAGACAGCAAGAGAUACUUGAAAAUACCGGAAGGUGAGACUCUGGAAGUUCCUUGCGCUGCUCAAGGAUUCCCUUUGCCCACGUAUGAAUGGUCCAAAAAAGAAUCACGCGACCGCACUUCGCCCCUUCAAAUCGGCGAUCGUUUCUUGCAGCUGGAUGGAACUAUGGUGAUGAGGAAGCCUCGAGUUGAAGAUUCUGGAUUAUACAUUUGUAAAGUUCAGAACAAAAUUGGCACCGACUCUACUGAAACAGAGAUCCUGGUUACAGCUCCUCUGUCAGCUCAGUUGCUUCCAAAGAUUCAAAGUGUUGAUGUGGGGAAAUCCGCAAUCUUCAACUGUUCUUCUUCAGGACAUCCAGUCAUGAAAGUCGAUUGGAUUAAAGAUGGUUUACCCCUUAGACCUGGUUCCAGGGUCGAUUUUCCAGCACGGGACAUCUUGCGAAUCAAUUCCAUCCAACGAGAAGACAAGGGAAUGUUCCAGUGCUUUGUUUCAAACGAUUUUGAUUCAGUUCAAGGAGCCGCACAACUAACUCUAGGAGAUUAUCCUCCAUCUUUGCUGGAGAUUUUCAACGAUCAAACUCUUGAACCUGGACCUUCAGUGACACUCAAAUGCGUAGCACAAGGAAAUCCACUUCCUCAAAUCACCUGGACCUUGGAUUCUAAUGCCAUACCUGAAUCCACAAGGUUUCGCCUUGGCGAUUAUGUUCGUACAAGUGGAAGUAAUUCGCCGGAAGUCGUAAGCUACGUCAAUGUCACUUCCGUUCGUCCUGAAGAUGGCGGGCUGUACGAAUGCAUGGCUUCGAAUGAAGUUGGACAAGCACAACAUUCCGCAAGAGUAAAUAUAUUCGGUCCUCCUUUUGUUCGAUCAAUGGUUAAUAUGUCUGUCGUGUCUGGGGAAAUGAUGAAGCUUCAAUGUCCAGUUGGUGGAUAUCCAAUUGAGAAUAUUAAGUGGGAAAAAGGUAGUACAAGAUUACCCACUAAUCAUAGGCAGAAAGUUUUUCCGAACGGCACUCUUCUUGUUCACAGCGUAGAUAAAACUGCCGAUGCUGGGAUCUAUAAAUGUUCAGCAUCUAAUAUUGAUGGUCUGUCUGCUGAGAAUUCUGUGUAUGUAGCAGUUCUUGUACGUCCUGUUAUCGAUCCUUUUACGUUUCCACAAUCCCUCCAGCAAGGACAACGCUACAGUGUCCUAUGUACAGUCACGCAGGGCGAUCCUCCUGUACGCAUGCAGUGGAUAAAAGACGGAGCUCAUUCGUUCAUCGCCGGCUCAAGUCAUGCUUCCUCUUCUGUAGCAGAAGGAGUUCGCGCCUUAGCGGUCACUCCUUACUCCUUGACUUUGGUAUUCGAAUCUCUCUCUCCGGAACAUCGUGGCAACUACACGUGCAUGGCCUCGAAUGCAGCAGGGUCCGUCAGCCAUACCGCUACAAUGGUAAUUCACGUUCCUCCUCGUUGGAGAAUCGAGCCUGGAGAUACAAGUGCCACAAAGUCUCGCUCAGCUGUCGUGGAUUGUCAAGCAGAUGGAUUUCCUAUACCAAGGAUACGAUGGACUAAAGCAGAAGGUAAUGAUAUUGCAGGAGAUGUAGCGUCAGAUUUCCGACCAAUCAGUAGUAGCUCAAGACUUCACGUUUUUGAAAAUGGUUCUCUUGUUAUUCAUAGCGUCGAAGAAGAUGAUGAUGGGCAUUACUUGUGUCAAGCAACAAAUGGAAUCGGACAAGGUCUUAGCAAGGUUAUACAACUGUCAGUCCAUGUGGCAGCACAUUUCAAAAGCAAAUUCAAACCUGAGACUGUUCGGAAAGGUGAAGAUGCUAGAUUAGUUUGUGAAGCGAUUGGCGACAGACCUUUACAGAUUACAUGGCUCAAAGAUAAACAAACUUUUGAACCACAAACAGACCUAAGGUACGAAUUAACUGACACUGUUUUGGGUAGCGGCACCACCUCCGAGCUUACCAUUAGAAGAGCUGACCGUAGAGACUCUGCUCUGUAUACGUGCAUAGCUGCUAAUACCUUUGGACAAGAUGAUACUAAUAUUCAACUAAUAAUGCAAGAGCCUCCUGAUGCUCCACAAGAUUUAAAAGUUUUGGAAUUUGGAAGCCGCACUGCAAAACUAGGGUGGUCUGCCCCCUACAGUGGAAAUAGUGCGAUUUCUCAAUACAUACUUUUCUAUAAAGAAGAAGCAGAUAGGUGGCAGCAAAAGGCUUGGAAUGCCACUGUCUCCGGAACAGAAAGUACUGUCAUCGUGCGUGGCUUACACCCAGUCACCUUUUACCAUUUUCGUCUCUAUGCAGAAAAUCCCCUGGGUAGAAGUGAGCCGAGUAAUGUGGUUCAUCUCAGGACAGAUCAAGAAGCUCCAGGUGGAGCUCCUCAAAAAGUGAAAGUUCGAGCUACUGGUGCUCAUGCAAUCAAAGUUACUUGGAAACCUCCCAGACAAGAUCUUCAGUAUGGAACAGUUGAAGGCUACUAUGUAGGUUACAAAGAACUGGGUUCAAAAGAAGCUUUUAUAUAUAAAACCUUGAGAGCCAAAGGGGCGGAAGGAUUCAUAGAAGAAACACAGUUGUCAAGUCUUCGAAAAUUGACGGAAUAUGCUGUAAUCGUUCAAGCCUAUAAUGCCAAAGGAGCUAGUCCACCAUCUGAUGAAGUUAUAGUAAAAACUCUUGAAAAUGAUCCACCAGGAAGUCCAACCAUUAAAGUUGUAUUCAAGAACCAUACAUCCAUAGGAGUUGCCUGGGAACAAUCCGAAAUUGAAAAUCCUGUCCAAGGUUACAUUCUCCAUUACAAAUGGGAACUUGGAGAUUGGCAAGAAAUCAGGUUGUCUGCCGCGGACACAGAUUAUGUAAUUUACGACCUGAAAUGUGGAUCCAGAUACCAGUUUUACGUCACUGCUUUCAAUGCAGUAGGGGACGGACCUCCCAGUGAAAUAAUAAGAACACAAACAGAAGGAACAGCUCCGGUUGCGCCAGACAAACAGUCCAUGCUUACUACGAACCAGACCACUGCUACAAUCCAUUUGGACGCCUGGCACGAUGGUGGAUGUCCCUUGAAUUCUUUUGCCGUCAGGUACAGACAACAGAGACAACAAGUUUGGAACUUAGUGACCGAGGGAGGACCUGAAGGCAGCACCAGGUCUCAGGAUCCUCUUCGGCGGCAAGUAGUGUUCGAUGAUUUAGUGCCUGGCACCUGGUACAGACUCCAAGUCACUGCUCACAAUGCAGCCGGAUCCACUGAUGCGGAAUAUACAUUUGUGACGAAUCCAGUGAUCCAAGAUUUCACUACGCAUUACCCACUGCCAGAAGAUAUUCAUCAUGACCUUCCACUUUAUUUAGACAUCAACAUUCUUCUUCCAACUGCUGUUUCAUUAGCAGUCGUAGUAGCACUUAUCAUUCUUGUGUGUGCCAUCGUUUACAGAAAAAACUCGCAGGAUACAAACCAUGCAGGUAGUGAUACGUACAGCAAUCGCAAAUGUCAAGUCCAUGAAAAUGUGCAAAUGACUGAAGUCGAGAAAAGUUCUUUGAAAAAAGCCUUAUCUGGUCCUGUACCCAGAGGAGAUUAUUAUCCUACACCUUAUGCUACGACGCGCAUAACUGCCGAAGAACAAAAAGAAGCUGCAGCGAGGCAAGCAGCGAUGGAGGAACCUCUUUACGCAACAGUAAAAAGAACUCCAAGGCCACCACGCUCAGACUUCCAUGUCUAUCACUAUCCAGGUGAAAUGCCAGAAUUUUUACUACAAGAAUUAGCAUCAGGAAAAGCCUCUUGCUUAGAAGAUAUAGGAGCUUCAUCGAGCAAUGUUCUUUGGAAAGAAUCUAUAGAAUCAAAAGUAAAAGAUGAAUACCACAUGGACCAGCCACUUCAAGAUUGUAAUCGAUCUGGGGGACAAAGAAAAUCCUAUCGAUACUCACAAAGGUGAAGACGCGUAAUUUAUGAAUGAAGAAG